AUGAAGAACACUGGCCAUGACUACAUCGACAAAUCUAGUGGUGCCGGUGCGCUCAACAUCUGGACCCACAGCCUCAAGGAUAUCAAGUUCAUCGAGAAGUAUGAGAGUGAUGAGUAUAGCAGCCCUGCAUUCAAGGCUGGUGCUGGUGUUCAGGGCUUUGAGAUCCCUGAAGCUGCUCGUGGCAAUGAUGUUACGUUGCUUGCGGGUAUCUGCGAGACUGUUGGAUGGACUAGCGGAUGUCUUGCUGGUGGCCACUCACCUCUAGCUUCAAUUUAUGGAAUGGCUGCGGACCAAGUCCUUGCCUACCACAUGGCACCAGGCAACCCUUUCAAGGGCGACAACACCGUCAACGAGGCCUGGCGCAACACUCCACAUUUGACAUCAUGA